ACUCCACGCCUCAUAAACCAGCUCCCGGGUGGACUCCGACCUGUGUACGUUACAGCUGGUCGCAGUGAGGGAGUGCGCUGGCGCAGUACUGCUUCCGGAGUGAGGUACUGCGCUUGCGCGCCGCUGCCUUUUUCCGCCUUCGCCAGAUGCAGCAAGGGCUCAAGGUUGCAGACUUGCAUCUUUACCAAUGGACCUGGUUGGUUUUGGUUAUGCAGCCCUCGUGACAAUUGGAAGUAUUUUGGGAUAUAAGCGAAGAGGUGGAGUUCCAUCUUUGAUUGCUGGCGUUUCUGUUGGACUUUUGGCUGGCUAUGGAGCCUACCGUGUCUCCAAUGACAAACGGGAUAUCAAAGUGUCACUGUUUACAGCUUUCUUCCUGGCCACCAUAAUGGGUGUGAGAUUCAAGAGGUCCAAGAAAGUAAUGCCUGCUGGUCUGGUUGCAGGCUUAAGCCUUAUGAUGAUCCUGAGACUUGUCCUGCUGUUGCUUUAGCACCUAGAGGAGCCAAGAGCCAAAUCCCAUCAUGCUCCUGUGCCGGGCGGAGCAGGUUUCUGCACUUAAAACUUCAAUUUAAAUACAUGGGAAACGUCUUAUAUUGAAAUGAAAAUAGUGUUGUCGUCCUAAUAUUUAAAAUAAUCAGCCAUGUUUGUUUGCCCUCCCCCCUUUUGUUGAAAGCACAAAUUUUAGCUGUUUCUGUUCAUUAAUCCUGGUCUUUAAAGAGUUGUUGUAUGUUCAUUUACUUUGUCUCAUGUCAUGUAUGGAAUUUGGGGGCUUGCUGUUCUCUGAUUUUGACAAUUCCAAACACUUAUGACUCAAAUAAGUUUAAGUUAAACUGCAGCCUCUCAGGUAAUGGGAUUCCUUGAGGGAGCCACAGAGGGUGUUAAUGAGUUGUAUGCCAUUUUGGUACACUAGGGAUUUUAUUUUCAUUGUUGUUGGG